AUGGUUGAGAAUACAAUAACACGCGGUCAAGCCCGUACUUACAGCCCCGUCAUAGAGCGUUUCAUUGUCGGUGACGAAGGGCCAUCUAAAUUCGGUACAGGCAAGUUCUGGGUCGCCGAAGAUGAAGUUUUGCCGAAGGUCCGUGACUGGAUGGUCGAACCUGGGACGACACGCAUGCUAUGGAUAUCGAGCCCUUACGAUCCAGGGGCCAUGACGAGUGCGCAUGCGUCGGCACUGGCUGUUAUAGCUGCAGCGUGGCAAGCAAAGGCACCAAUAAUCUCGCAUUUUUGCCAACGUUCGCGGCGGGACGAGCUACGCGCAGACGAAGAGUCCGCAAUAGAUACUGGGAACUGGGAGCCUUGGAAACGUCGACCGUACUGCAUAGAGCCUUUACCGGGCGAUGCACCUGGGCCACAGUUCUGUGUUUACACAUUCGAGCCGUUCCGCGGGGACCGAGGUCUAAGCGUUAUAACCACCCCCGUACUUGCAGCGAGCAUGGUUGACGCCUUAGAUGACUCUGUCGUGCCCCCGAAGCUCAGGGACCACCCGUCAAGUUCCCUCGCAGCAGAAGGAAGCAGUCCGGCGUACGUGAUUAAAGACAUGCCUGGAAAGGGGAAAGGGUUGGUUGCGCAGCGCCAGAUUCGGAAAUGGGAACUUGUGUUGGUGGACUAUCCCGUAAUGCUUGCACACAUGGGCCUAUUCGAUGUAGUAGGCCCUGAGCUCCGCGAGGACGUUCUAGAUCGAGCUCUACGCCAACUACCAGAGGAGCAGCAAGGCGAAAUCUUAUCAUUAGCACGCAGUACUGGCGGUGAAACUGUUGAAGAUAUUCUCAGAACGAAUAUAUUUGGCGUUGAGCUCGGAAUCGAGAUACCACACCUGGGUCUACUUCCUAUUGGCUCCCGGAUCAAUCACAACUGCAGGCCCAACGUUUUCUGGAGAUACUCGGUACGUGCUUUAGCAGUCGAAGUGAUUGCAAUGCGCGACAUCGAACCCGGAGAAGAGAUAACACAAAGUUAUGUGCCUCUUGGGUUAUCCUACGAGGAGCGCAAGGAAGACUUGAAGAACUGGGGCUUCACCUGUACAUGCCCAUUAUGCGCUUCUUCUCCGAAACAAAGAGCGGCCUCAGAUGAAAACCGGGAGCGACUACAGGACAUCUACCAUGAGCUGAACGAUAGCGCUGCGGGAAAGUCUAAUCUGACAAUAAGCACAAUCGAAAGUCUCACUGAAGAGCUAGAGUCCCUAGUAGCCGAGGAGAAUCUAGAGGCCCAACUUCUUGUGCAUUACAGUGCUGUUGCCAGAGCCUACAUGCGAGCCGGCGAGCUAGACGCAGCUAGAAGAUACGUCGAAUUGUGCGAAUACUUGUGGGUACAAUACGCCGGAGAGGAAGAUGAUUAUCUGGCGGGAAUGCAUCAACUGCGACAUGAGCUAAACGAGAGGGAGCGAAAGGCCACUAUCGACGGGAGGUAUCGCUAG